AUGACAACAGUACAUGAACAUCUCCUUAUAGCUUACCUUUAUUUAUGUACAAUCUAUCUUACUGUAUUUGUCAACGGGGAAAAUUAUCCUUCUCCACUGACAAUAAACAGUAUUGACACUAAACCAGAUCUUCAUGAAGAUAAACCAUUAAUAUUAUUAUCAUUAUUAAAAUCUAUAAAACCCCAUCAGUUUUUACACUAUUUGCAUACACUAAAUACAAUGCAAAGAAAUGAACAAUCACAUCCCUUAUCUCCACUUUCUAAUUAUGAUUAUGAUCAUGAACAAAAUCUAAAUCAACCAGAACAUCAACAACAAUACCGACAAGGACAUUAUGUUAACUUGAACUUACCAAGUAAUCAUCUCCUUGAACCAGUUAUAAAGCGAAGAAUAGAAAUGAAUUUCAACGAUAAUCCUAACACAAAUAUUGAUAAUUCAUUCGAAAGUGGAAAUUUAGCCUCAAGAGGAUGGAGACCACAACGCUAUGGAUAA